AUGGUGAUGGUUCAUGUGAAAGCCGCGGCGGCGGAAUCGGAGGAGCAGCAGCAGCAGUUCCUCUACGAGUGUCGUUCCACUUCGAGCAUCGACGAGAUGACCGACGCCAUCCUUGGCAUCCACGCCCUGCAGUCUCACAUCCAAUCCCUCGCCCUUCUCAUUAGGCAGCGCCUUCUCGCUGACCCUUCUUUAGCAGAAAGUUAUCCGGAUGUAGCACUUGCUCUGAAGAGAUCCUUAUCAGAAGCUGAGACUUACGUGUCAAAGGAACAAGUGGCGCACAAAAAAUUCUUGUCACCUCAUGCUCUUAGAGCUCAUAUUAAGAGCUUGGAAAAGGAAGUCAAGGUUGCUCAAUCAAAGGGUUUUCUGGACUUCGAUCUGCCGCAACUACUUUCUGAUUGUGAGCUUCAUCAUGGUAUGCAACUUUGGUGGGCUGGGAAAGAACUCGUUAGAGGAAAAAAACUAUGUGACUACAUUGGUGAAAAUGAGAAAACAAAGAUUGUGAUCAUAUUGAAGCCAUCUUGUUCGAGCGCUUAA